AUGACCAAAAUCAAACUGGUUCGAUCGGGCAGAGAGUGUGACGCUGACGAGCAAUACUACAAAUGUAGUUACUUCGACUUCGAAUUCCGCGGCUGCUGCUCUCACGAUCCAUGCAUCAAGCCUCGUGGCUGCCGGGACCACGAUUCUGUCUUCGUAGACACUAGCCUGUUGGCGUCGUUUUCAACCAUCGACAUGUCUGAUACCGAGACUGCUACAUCCGAUGCCAUUACUACUGAAAGCACUGCUACCGAAUCUGCUACCGAGAGCACCACUGCAGACAGGUUUGGCCGCGAAACUACUUUCCUGACUCGAACAAGGCCCAAGGCUAUCACCACCAUGGACGAGGAUAAUGAAGAAACAUCUUCGACUCUGAAGCGUACAGCGCACUCCAAGACCAUGACCGACUCGGGAACUACCCGCACGAUUCCCAACUCAAGCCGGGUUACGGUCACUCACAUCACGAUGGUCCCAACCAGCAAGUUGCCUACAACUUCGAGGGAGGCGCCCCUUACUUUUGUUACCUCGUCUGCCACGGAUGAGUUGCUGUACCCAACUGCCUCUUUUGAGAGCACACCUACCGGAAUUCCUACCCAUACGAGCACCGCGGGCCCUUCCCUCAAUGACGACAGCUCUGGUACGCCUCCAAUCGGGAUCAUUGUUGGGGGAGUGGUUGGCGGUGUUGUAGUCCUGGCUCUUGUGAUUCUCGCUGUCUUCAUGGUCCGCCGUCGAAGACACAACAGGGAACUAUGGGUGAACGGCGCAGGGGAAUAUACCUUUGAUGAAAAGGAAGAGAAGAGCUAUCUCAGGAGGAUGCUGUCCCGAAAUACCACUCAGAGAAGCCAAGAUCCCUUUGCACCAUUUGGAGGGCGUAUCGACAGAAUAGACGACCCCCUCCGGCCACCCAGUGGUACUUUUGAGAUGGAUGGCACCAGCACUGUUCCAGUUGAGCUUCCUGCAGUUACUUUCAGCGACGCCAAAGCAAAGGAGUCUCAGCCAGUUGGUCAUACGAACGCCACGUCGACAGGGUACUCUACAGUAGCUGGAUAUGUUGCGCCAACACAAUAUCCCACAGCGACUGGGAACUCUGUAGACCCCCGUGCCAACCUGAACGCUUCUUUGGAAGAUCGUCAACAAAAGCAGUUUGUCAAUCACUGGAACCAAUAUCGAACCCUCGGAGAAAACGUGCGUCAAGGUUAA